UUUUCAAACUUCGAACGAAUUGUAAACUUUUUUCGAAUUUGUGCCAGUGUUUAGCUGUAGUUGCUAAAAUGAAACUUUUUAUUUUAUUUGCAAUCGCCUUGUGCGCAUACGCAGCUGAUGUGAAAGAAACAGAAAAGAAAACUGAAACAGAAGAUGUCGCGCUAAAUAAGGACAAAAGACAAACACAAGGAGACUACUUGCCCGGGCAGUUGGUGUAUAGGGUUCCCAGAAAACAGGAGAAGGCCGCACCAGUACAAGAACCACAGGAAGAUGAUAGAAAUAACAGACAAGACGCUCAAGAGUACCGCCCAGGCCAGGUGUUCUCGCUCAAUCCUCAGGAACUCCUGGAGUUCCAGCAGGAGAGGAAGGCUCCGUUGAACAGCAACCAGCUCCUGCAGCAGUUGCAGCUUUACGGCACCCAGGAACAGAAACCCAGCCCACAACAGUUGUACUAUUUUGAACCUCAAGCGGCGCGUCAGGUCGCAUACCAGCCUUCCCACGCCGUGAUAGCUCGCCCCCACUACUCGGCCGAUGGCGGCGAGGCGUCAGUAGGAGCUGCCUUGUCAGUCAGUGACUCAGGCGCAAGUUCCACCGACUCCUUCGAUCAGGAGCUACUGGCUCUGCUCGGUCAUCAGGUCAGACAAGACGACAGACAGUAUCAACAACAGACUUCGACCCAGAACACACCUCAGUAUCAACAGGUGGAUAGAUAUAUCACUAAACCCAGUAAGAAGCCAACUAAAUUGCGACCAAAGGUAUCCGCUCCGCCACAGCCACUGCCUGCAGGUGCGCCUCAACAGUACUUAAUAGAAACCACCAACGUGCAGCAGCAGCAACAACCACAACAGCCUCAAAUACAGUACAGGCCGGCCUCGCAAACUCAAAGACCAGCACAAGCCCUAAGAUACGUUCCGAUUCCAUCCCCACAGCCAGCUCUGCAACAAGUACUGUAUGAACGUCCAGAAUCCGCUCAAGGCCUUAAAAUUGUACCUGCUCCCAAAUUAGCUACACAACAACCUCGCCAGCAAGUCACGUUCCGACUUAUCCCACAAUUCCCACAGCCUGAAGCUUCUCCUAAGCAGUACAGAAUCAUCGACGCUCCAAGACAACCAGCAAGACAAGAACAAAGAGCUCCAACGACUAAUGUCGAAAGACCUGUGACUUAUCUGAAGCGUUACCCGGAACCCGAAAAAGUGCGCGCUGUCAAAAUUUACGAUCCAGAAGCAGCUGGCCAACAACAACCUCAAAUAAUUGGUGAACAAUUUUACCUUCGCCCGUACUACAGGCAAAAUGAGCCUAUCAGACAAGAACGUUUGAGGUACGAAUCGCCUUUGCCCGCUAGACACGAUGCUGAUACCCAAAGGGCACCUGAACCUUCUAAGCCCCCUCAUUCAGCUAUUUACGUCAGCAAAAAUAUUGCUCCUAAAAAGCCGAGGGUACAAUCAAGACCCGAAGAAGUAAGAAUCGAUUCAUCGAGGGAGCAGUACAGACAAGACCAAGACUAUAGACAGGAGCAAAAUUAUAGGCAGCGUCAGAGACUAGAACAGCCUUCCAGUUUAGAACAAGUUAAUCUGGAACAACAUGGUCAGAGUUUGGAUGAUCAACGAGUUCAAUUGCCUCCUCCGAAAAACAAUAAAGCUUACACUCCUGAAGAGUUCGCAGCGUUAGUAGCAGCUGGAUACGCUGUGACUCCUGUUCCUGUAAGCGCCUUGAAUGCUCAAAUAGCGCAGUCAAGGUCUUCUGAAGAUUUGACACCCGUCGCCAUCCCUCAACAAAGCCGAAGACCGCUGUACAGAAGACCCCAGUAUCUGCCUCUAAGAGGAGACGACGCGCCUUGA